AUGUUCUCCGCUGUGGAGCAAGAAGUAGAAACAGUUCUACGCUCCCACUGUCUAAACACUAAGGCGAAGCAUGGUGUCUUUCGGGAUCUCUUAGAGUCCGAAGUCGUACGCUUUAUGGCGUCCAGCGGAGUCGACGGAGCUCUUUACUGUGGACAAAAGUUGGACAUCGCGGGCAAAUCUUGGAAGGAUCGCUACGAAGUGGCUUCUGACGACUGCGAUUGGACCAGGACUAAUGAGGGAAGUUUGAGUUGGUUAGCAUUCGCCGUCAAGUCACUACACCUUAGUGACGAGAAUUUAAGCGACAAGCUGCCCACCAAGUAUUGGUGUUUCGAAUUGGAAGAGCAGGAAAAGCAACGUACGGAGUUCCUUGUCAUCGUCUCCCAUGUUCAGCCUGGAUAUGUUACGCUUCUCCCGCGGACCGUGUUCGAGACUGCGGUGGCCGAGAUGUCCGGACCCUUAAGUCAAUACCAGCGGGGGAGUUCAGUUCCGACACUAUUUCAACCGUACACGUUUCCGCAAGAGCUACUACGCGACGCAAUGAAGAAUGUCCGUGAUGCAGCUUUGGGACUCAGAGACUAUGUCGUUCCUUUCACCGGCGUGGUGGUUCGCAACUGGAAACCAAAGCUGACAUCGCUUGAUGAUAUCGGUUACAUUAAUAUAACAACCAUGGCCGAUGAUCCAAACAUUAGCGCACUGGCCCAUUUCGAUAUGGGAGUCGAGGAUUCUGGAGUCGAAGGUGUCUCAUGGGAUUUCAUACAAGCCCUGCCAUACGUCGGUGAUGCUCUCCUGCUUGGUCCAAAUGAAGAAAAGUUCGGCGUGAUUAUGGAGGACGAUUCAGUCAUCGAGGAUGGCCCGAACAUAAUCAUUGACAACUCUGUUUGGGGCAAGGACGCACUCAAGAAAGGCAAGUCCCACCCAUAUCGGACCGUCCACUUCGUUUGGGUUAUCAACAGAGGAAAAGGAUACGGAUAUUGGAUACCCGCGAGCCAGAUCCAGCAAGAAUGGGCCUUGAGUGUGGGGACAAAGCUCGAGGUUCCCUCGGCACAACUCAGUGAGUUCCGUGUCGACCUCAGGCGCGACGACUGGUUCAAGCACGUCUGGGAGAACAUCAUAUCGGUAUAUGCGAAUCCUCUUGACCUCGAUCGGUUUGAUCAAAUGUUUCCUGUCUUGCCCAAGGAAACGUCCGACAUCCGCAAGAGUAACGCCGAGGGCGAGCAUGGUAACAUGGGUACCGAAGAGAACAAGGUGGACAAGAGACUAGAAGGUUUGCUGCAUACCGGUCGCUCAGCUCCUGAUCGCCUUUAUCAAGCUAUGCUCCAAUCAUGUUCGUCCACGGGUGAAGGCAUGAUUCUUCCCUUGGGCCCGUUGAACGAAGACGGAAACCCGAACUUUGUCUUCUUUGACUGGACCUGGAGUGACAAGGACCGCAAAGAGUUUUCCGAAAACGGCCGUCUUCCCCAAUGCUUCGAUCAUGAAGUCAUGGAUCCAGCCAUGGUUCAUUGUCUUCCCAUUCUACUCUACCAUACCUACAGCAGGGAGCACCCCCGCCAUUCGACCGUAAAAGCACAAGACCUACAGGAUCAGAAAUUCCCAUACCUUUUGUUAUGUGAAAUCCUUCCACCGGAUGUUACCAUGGAUCCUCAACCCUGCUACUUCAUCCCCAGCAAGGUUAUGGCUAUCCCGAAGAAGACGCAGGAGGUGGAAGCCCUCGACGCCUAUCUUCCCAGAGAGCGACCUCUGUCUUCUUAUACACUCUCUGACAAGGAGCUGCACCACGCUAUCAUGACCAUCAUGACCAAGGACCCUCCUGACGAGCCAGUAUCGAUUGGAAAGUCAUCGGUAACGCCUUGGGAUUAUAUAGCGGCGUUUAGACAGACGCCGAGCAGUUCGUCAGGUAAGGAAACUGAGGGUUGA